AUAUGUAUGUAUGUAUGUAGAUUGAUUGAUUGUUUGAUUGAUUGAUAGAUAGAAAUGGCCAUGUCGGGGGUACCGUCUUUCCCCCAGUUUGAUGUGAACUCAGCCGGCAGCGAGCUUGAAAUCCGCUGGACAAAAUGGAUCCAGCGCUUUGAAAACUUCCUCUUGGCUCUGGACGUCAAAGACGAGACCCGAAAAAGAGCGAUGCUGCUUUACUACGCCGGGGAAGCGGUGUACGACAUAUUCGACUCCCUGCCCGGGACCGGGGGGCCAGCCGACUACACCGCCGCCGUCUCGGCGCUCGCCGAACAUUUCUCCACGAAGAAAAGCGCUGGAUCGGAGCGGAUCAGACGGGAGAAGCAGCAAGACGGGGAGCCCGCGGGCUCGGACCACGCCGGGCCGAGGGAGCUGGCCGCUGGCUGUCGGUUUGCAAACGGCGAGGUGGAAAUCAAAAAAGCGAGGCUGAGGGAGAAGCAGGACGCGAGCGAUGAAACAGAAACCCCCGAAACUGUUGUAGAAACGGUCCGCAUCAAACAAGAGGCUCCAGACCCCGAACAGCAAGAAGAGGAGGAGGAGGAGGAGGAGGAGGAGGAAGACUACGAAAUCGAAGCCGUGGUGAUCAAAGAGGAAGAAGAUUCGGACGAACGAGUCGAGCAGGUCUCCCAGGCCACGCAGACGCCCGCCCAGCCCGCGGCUUCCAGCAACCAGGGUGCCCACCAGUGCCCAGUCUGCCACAAGCACUUCCGACAGUCCGGGAACUUGAAGAUCCACCUCCGGAUUCACACGGGCGAGCGUCCGUACCGCUGCUCCGAGUGCGGGAGGAGCUUCAAGCAGCUGGGGAACUUGAAGAUCCACCUCCGGAUUCACACGGGUGAGCGUCCGUACCGCUGCUCCGAGUGCGGGAGGAGCUUCAAGCACUCGGCCAACUUGAAGAAGCACGGGCAGGUCCACACGGGGGAGAAGCCGUACAGCUGCUCCGAGUGCGGGAGGUGCUUCAGCCAGAACCGGACCCUCAUCAACCACCUGAUGAUCCACUCUGGGGAGAAACCGUUCGGCUGCCCAGAGUGCGACAUGGCCUUCCGUCACCGAGGGGACCUCAAGGUACAUUCCCAUGUGCACUCGGGAGAGAAGCCGCACAGCUGCGAGGAAUGCGGGAAGCGCUUCAGACACCCGGCCAGCGUCCGGAGUCACCGUCGCGUCCACACCGGAGAGAAACCGUACCACUGCACAGAGUGUGGGAAGAGCUUCACUCAGGUGGGGAGCCUGGCCACGCACAGAAAGCUGCACGCCACGGACAAGACCUACCAGUGUGAGGCCUGUGGGGAUCGCUUCACACGACUCGGGAGCCUCACCACACACCAGAGGAUCCACAGCGCAGAGACCGGAGCCACUGCGAGAGAGACAAGAGAGAGUACAGCGAGCAGGGACUGAGGAGAGAGGAGCCACCGCGAGAGAGACGAGAGAGAGUACAGCGAGCAGGGACUGAGAGGAGAGAGGAGCCACCGCGAGAGACCAGAAAGAGACGAGAGAGAGUACAGCGAGCAGGGACUGAGGAGAGAGGAGCCACCGCGAGAGACCAGAAAGAGACGAGAGAGAGUACAGCGAGCAGGGACUGAGAGGAGAGAGGAGCCACCGCGAGAGAGACCAGAAAGACGAGAGAGAGUACAGCGAGCAGGGACUGAGGAGAGAGGAGCCACCGCGAGAGAGACCAGAAAGCGACGAGAGAGAGUACAGCGAGCAGGGACUGAGGAGAGAGGAGCCACCGCGAGAGAGACCAGAAAGAGACGAGAGAGAGUACAGCGAGCAGGGACUGAGGAGAGAGGAGCCACCGCGAGAGACCAGAAAGAGACGAGAGAGAGUACAGCGACCAGGGACUGAGAGGAGAGAGGAGCCACAGCGCAGAGACCAGAAAGAGAUGAGAGAGAGAACAGCGAGCAGGCACUGAGAGGAGAGAGGAGGUACAGCGAGCAGGGAGAGGGAGGGAGAGAAAGCGGAGAAUUGAACCGCAGUGCAUAGCUCUGUCCGAGGAGAACCAGGAUCCAACAAGGAUACUGAUCAAUCACUAGAGAUACUCGACAAAGAAGAAAAGCCAUCGAUAAACUUAAACUCUCCUAAUCAGCCACAGCAUUUCAAACCGCGCCUUGCUAAGCUCUGUAUCUUCAACAUGGCUCAACGCGAUGCAUUUUACAUCGUCACACGACAGGAGGAGAACACCCUGUCUUUCAGAGCGGCUGUACGGCCGGCAGUGAGUCCUGUUUCAAACAUCCAAUAAAGAUUACUCAUGUGA